GAAAAUCACUAACGCCCUACACACAAGCAGCUCCGGGCCGCUGGGACGAUGGAGAAUUUCACCGCGCUGUUCGGAGCUCAAACUGACCCACCACCGCCCCCAACAGCACUCAGUUUCGGACCAGGAAAGCCUCCACCUCCGCCUCCGCCUCCUCCGGGCGGGGGACCCGGCACGGCCGCGCCCCCUACCGCGGCCACGGCUCCUCCAGGUGCAGACAAGUCAGCGGCCGGCUGUGGCCCCUUCUACCUAAUGAGGGAACUACCAGGCGGUACAGAGCUCACGGGCAGCACCAACCUGAUCACACACUACAAUCUGGAGCAGGCCUACAACAAAUUCUGCGGGAAGAAAGUCAAAGAGAAGCUGAGCAACUUCCUGCCCGACCUGCCUGGGAUGAUUGACCUGCCUGGUUCCCAUGACAACAGCAGCCUCCGCUCCCUCAUUGAGAAGCCCCCUAUCCUGGGCGGCUCCUUUAACCCCAUCACAGGGACCAUGCUGUCCGGUUUCCGGCUCCACACUGGCCCACUGCCCGAGCAGUGCCGCCUCAUGCACAUCCAGCCUCCCAAGAAGAACAAGCACAAGCACAAGCAGAGCCGCGCGCAGGACCCGGUGCCCCCAGAAACACCUUCAGACUCAGAUCACAAGAAGAAGAAAAAGAAAAAAGAGGAGGACCCAGAACGGAAACGGAAGAAGAAAGAGAAAAAGAAGAAGAAGAGCCGGCACAGCCCCGACCACCCCGGCAUGGGCAGCUCCCAGGCCAGCAGCAGCAGCAGCCUCCGCUGACGGGACGAGUGACCCUCCUGCGAGGCAAGGACCCACAGGAGGAGUGGCACCGGCCCCGGGGCAGGACCCGGACCCAGACCCAGACCUGCCCAGCCACUUCCUGUCGGACCUCCUCCUCUCCCAGGAAGCGUUUUGUGUCUCUUCCUUUCCUUUGUGCAAUUUGUCUGAUUUUAGGACUUGACUUGUUAGGAUUUUUCACUAAAAAAAGUUGAAUUAUCAAA